UCAUUAUGUUGAAAAAAUUUCCACGACCUAGCUGAGGCCGCGAGUAGGCGGAAACCUCCCUCGAGCAUGAAGAAGAGUUCCAGCCACCUCUGACGACCUCCUAGGACCUCGUGUCGAUCAUGCUGCGAGUUUGAGUCCAAACUUUUCUAAACUCGCAGCUUAGGGCCCCCAAGUGGGACAGGCCCUUAACAAAGUAAUCAGUUAUAGAAAUGUGCGGUGUAAUGACCAAAGAUACUAUUUCACUAGUCCUUCACACUAGUCCUCUAGUAUCUUUGGUAAUGACAGAUGGCGUUUAAUCCAAGCAGUAGUGAUGUGUUGCACUUUGGAAGGUCGAAUGCACGGGAAAAGUAUACUGGUAAUAACAAGUGCCUUAACAGCAUUUAUGUACAGAGGGACUUUACCAAGUCAAGUCAAGUAUAUUCGUCACAUACACAUACGAGAUGUGCAGUGAGCAGGUCCCGGCGACCAGGAAUGGGAAUCACUGUUUCUGUAACCUCAAUACUAGUUUUCAGAGGCAGCACGUCGACUCCGAAUUGCUCCCCCGGCUGCAGCUCUAGUAACUUUGAUCCAGCCAGCGGUGUCCCUCCUCCCUCGCAGCUCACUGGUGGUGGAGCCGCUGCCGCCUCUCAAUCAAAGAUACUACGAUCUUUGCUCUCAAUGUCGAGGGGCGGCCUGGGCAAAGAUCCUAUAGGAUCUUAGGGCCUGGGCGCUGCAACGCGCCACUCGCCCCGGGAGGAGGCAUGGAGCAGAAUAGCCCGCUGCCCAGCCAGGACUGGUUCCAGGAAACGUUUACACAUUACGACUACGGGGGGCAGAUAAGUGCGGCGAGGGCUCGGGAGUUCGGCAGAUUGUCAGGAAUCACUUACCUGGACCAUGGAGGAGCAACUCUAUAUCCACACAGUCAAAUUCAUCACUUUUACCAAGACCUUGCUGAAAAUGUCUAUGGUAACCCCCACAGUGGAAAUAUUGCCAGCAGACUGACACAUGAUACUAUUGAACAUGUUCGUUGCAGAAUUCUCCAGCAUUUCAACACCAACCCAGAAGAAUACACAAUCAUUUUUACAUCGGGAUGCACAGCUGCUCUUAAAUUAGUAGCAGAAAGCUUCCAGUGGACUUGUGCAGAGUCUGGAGAAUCAAGGAGUCGGUUUUGUCACCUGACUGAUAACCACACUUCUGUGGUAGGUAUGAGAGGAUUAUCUGUUCCAGCUGGUGCUCUAACUCUUCCAAUAAACCUGGAUCAAAUUCAUAGAGACAAAAACACUCUGCAUAAAAAGAUAUCCAUGGCCAAGGAGGAAAAUUGCAGCAUUCACCAUCUAUUCUGCUACCCUGCUCAAAGUAACUUCUCAGGGACAAAAUAUCCACUUUCUUGGAUCAGCGACAUUAAAUUAAAAAAAUUGUAUCCUUUCAGCAGAAUUCCCGGAACGUGGAAUGUACUGGUGGAUGCAGCCUCAUUUGUAAGCACCUCACCACUCAACCUCAGUUUAUAUCAACCAGACUUCAUACCCAUCUCAUUUUAUAAAAUGUUUGGAUUCCCAACCGGCCUAGGAGCUCUUUUAGUGAAGAAUGAAAGUGGACACAUGCUGGGAAAGAAAUAUUUCGGAGGAGGAACAGCAGCUUCUUAUUUGUCAUCAGAGGAUUUCUUCGUCCCAAGGCAGUCAGUCAGUGAAAGGUUUGAGGAUGGCACUGUUUCAUUUCUUGAUAUAAUAGCAGUAAAUCAUGGAUUUGAUGCAUUGGAAAGAAUUACAGGUGGAAUGCAAAAUAUUAUGCAACACACCUUUAGCCUUGCCCGUUACACCUACGUAAUGCUUUCUGGAAUGCAUCAUUCUAAUAGAAGUCCGGUUGCUCGGAUUUAUAGUGAUAAUGAAUUUAAAGCUCCAGACAUUCAGGGACCCAUCAUUAAUUUCAACCUACUGGAUGAGAAUGGUGAUAUCGUUGGUUAUGCAAAGGUGGACAAGCUGGCAAAUUUGCAUGCUAUUUAUCUUCGCACUGGCUGCUUUUGUAACACUGGAGGCUGUCAGCAACACAUAGGAAUUACGAAUGAAGAUGUCAAAAAUAAUCUGAAGGCAGGCCAUGUCUGCGGAGAUACUUUGGAUAUGAUUGACGGUCGUCCUACUGGUUCAGUCCGAAUAUCCUUUGGCUACAUGUCAACAUUUGAUGACGCGCAAACAUUUUUAAAAUUUAUUAUAGAUUGUUUUGUUAAGCAGCCAGUUUGCUUUGACAAAGACAUCCUGUCUAAACUUAACUCGUAUGGGACAAUGAAAGAGAAAGGUGAUUCAUGGACAGAGAAUUUCACAGAUGACGAUAUCGUCUCAGUAAGGGAAGUUCCUUCAGAAAUUGCUGUAGCAUGUUCUCAGGGAGUUGAAAUGUCUCCUUAUCAGCGUUUGUCAGACAAUCCAUCAGAGUGGAAUAAAAACCCAGCAACUUCCAAAUUAAUUUCCAAUGGCAGUAAUUUGGUAACUCUCACAAACAUCUACCUCUACCCAAUCAAGUCCUGUGCUGCUGUUGAGGUUAAGAAGUGGCCUAUUGGAAAGCAUGGAUUGCUGUAUGAUCGUGCCUGGAUGAUUGCCAACCAUAAUGGUAUCUGUCUUAGUCAAAAGCAGGAGCCCAGACUUUGCCUGAUUCAUCCAUACAUUGACCUGGAACAAGGGAUCAUGACCAUCAGUGCAGAAGGAAUGGAUACCAUAAUGGUGCCACUAGAAGAAGUAGGAAAACAAUAUUCACUGCAAGUCUGUGAAACUAAAGUCUGUGGAGAUAGAGUAAAAGGACUGAACUGUGGGGACGAAGUUGCAGGAUGGAUCUCCACAUUUCUUGGACGGAAGAGUUGUCUGUUCCGACAGAGUUCUGAUUUUCAAAGAGUGAUGAAGAAACAUAAGCAAGUUCAAGGUCAGUCUUUGACCCAGUCACCUUCCCUCUCAUUGGUGAAUGAAGCACAGUAUCUUCUCGUAAACAGGGCAAGCAUUCUACACCUGAAGGAGCAGAUACUACAAAGAGGUGGAUCAUGUGAUCUUAAUUCUGCUGAAGCAUUAACAACCGAGGAACUCAUCCAUCGUUUCCGACCCAACCUUGUUAUAAGUACAGUGAGGCCGUAUGAGGAAGAUGACUGGGCUGAGAUGAUUAUAGAUGGUCUGUCUUAUUUGUUUCAGAUUGUAGGACUGUGCAACAGAUGCCAAAUGAUAUGUAUUAAUCAAGGCAAUGGGAAAAGAAGCAAAGAACCCCUACAGACUCUGUCUUCGUGCAGGGACAGUAAGAUGACCUUUGGAGCAUAUCUGUUUCAUCAGCUACCAGCAACCUCAGUGCGUUCUGCAUUUCUGACUGUAGGAUCCCAGGUUAUUGUGAAAAUCAAAGAGACACCUGCUGGACAAUGACAUCCUCUGCAGGAAUGAACAUGAAUUUCUCCCAUCCCCAUGAUUAAAACUUUACAAUGCAAUAAUGCAUAACUGUUCUGUUUUUGAGUCCUGAAAAUGAAGUUGAGGUUAAUACAAGUUAACAUGCCAGAAGAUCCAUUACUAUCGGAUUGUUUCUAGAUUUUACAAAAGAAAAUGCAAAUGAUUUCCUAUUAUAAGUUCCUUGCAGAAUAUAAAUUUAUGAAUUGCAUCUCAUUUCAAAUUUAUUUUAUUUUAUUUAUGUACAUAACCAUGGUGUAAUUUGAAUGUUUUGAGGAAUUUGUGCAAAGUUGAGAUUUUUUUCCUCUUCACAUUAUACACUUUUGAAAAUAAUGCUGAUAAUUUUAUUCGUCACUAUUUGAAAAAUAAAACUAAUAGUGAUAACAAAUAUUUGGAAAUUACAAAUUAAAUGUAAAUAGAUGCAAUAUUGUCAGAAUUUGGCUUGACGUGCAAUUAAAUCUGGAGUACUGUACCUGAUAUAUUUGUGCAGCUAAUUCUUGAGCAUAGGAGUUUCGACUUCGACUGCCGGCCCUGCGGUCUGUGGUGCUUCUGGCUGCGGCGCAAACUCUAAAUCACCGACCGCUGGCCUGCGGCCUACACCAAUCUGGCGCCGCAGUCUCCAGUAGGGGAGGCACCGAUUUAGGACUUACCUUGACUUUCAUUCAUCUGGACACCCGCAGCGGCGACUACGGAGGGGUGAGGUCCCGACCACGGUGGAAAAUGGAGGAGGACUGGCCAAUUUUCGUGCCUUCCACCACAUCGAGUAAUGCUGUGGUGGAUGUUUGUGUUAAAUUUUUAUUGUGUAUUUGUGUGUUCUUUGUCAUUGUACCGCUGCUGGAAAAUUCAUUUCACUGUGACGAAUAAAACCGUAUUGUAAUGUA